AGUAUAUAUAGAGAGCUUCAUCUACAACUGUUGCCGCCUCUUCCUCCACUGGAAACUGCACUCGGAGUCUGUGGCGAAGCUUAUUGCGCGUAGACGUGCUUUCUUUAGCGCCUUUUUGUUCUUGCGUGUAUAACACAGGAAUGAAAAGCGAGCCCAAGCCGCAUUCAUGACUUCGCUCUUUGGCGCACGAGCCGUAGAGCUCCUGCGCAGAGACGGCACGGCCGCGGCGGCCGACGCGCUCACCGGCAAAAGGUAUGUCCUUCUCUACUUCUCCGCACACUGGUGCCCACCCUGCCGCUCCUUCACGCCCAUCUUGAAGGACUUCUACGAGCGGCACGGGCAGGACAAGAAUUUUGAGAUUGUCUUCGUCUCGCGCGACAACUCAGCGGCGGAGAUGCAGUCCUACUUUCAGCACGCCCACGGCGACUGGCUCGCCAUGUCCUACCGCGAUGCGCACACCAUUGGUGACGACUGGGCACAGCAGCACGGCCUCUAUGCGAUUCCGUCUCUUGUUGUCAUGGAGAACACGGAGCAGCACAACCUGAUCACCGUGUACGGGCGGGAUAUGGUGUUGCGCGAUCCCGCAGCGCUGCAGUUUCCGUGGUUGAAUGCGGAUGCGAUUAUCAUUGCUGCUCGACGCUCCUUCAUGUGGAAGGCCGCCGCUGGUGUGGUGGCGGGCAUUAUCGUGUUGUGUCUGCUGAUCUAG